CGUAAAGCCAAGCCGGUUGCUGCGGUGGGAGGAGAAGCUGUCAGAAGGAGCUGUCACUCCGGAGCUGCUGGUGCUAGCACUGUGUGAGAAUGAGCAACAGUCACCCUCUGCGACCUUAUACUGCUGUUGGGGAGAUUGACCACGUGCACAUCCUGUCUGAGAACGUGGGAGCUCUGAUAACUGGUGAGGAGUACAGCGAUGUCACCUUUAUUGUGGAGAAGAAGCGAUUCCCUGCUCACCGAGUCAUUCUGGCUGCUCGCUGCCAGUAUUUCAGAGCUCUGCUAUAUGGAGGGAUGAGAGAGUCUCAGCCGGAGGCAGAAAUAGUUCUGCAAGACACGACAGCAGAAGCGUUCAGCAUGCUGAUAAAGUACAUCUACACUGGCAGAGCCACUCUGCGCGAUGAGAAGGAAGAAGUGCUGUUGGAUUUUCUUAGCUUGGCACACAAAUAUGGCUUCCCUGAAUUGGAGGACUCCACAUCCGAGUACCUAUGCACCAUUCUCAAGAUACAAAAUGUGAGCAUGAUCUAUGAUGUAGCCAGUCUAUACAGCUUGAACAAACUCACCUGCACCUGUUGUAUGUUUAUGGAUCGGAAUGCGCAGGAGGUGCUGGCCAGCGAUGGCUUCCUGACUCUGUCUAAGGGUGCUCUCUUAGACAUUGUGCACAGGGAUUCAUUUGCUGCACCAGAAAAAGACGUUUUCCAAGCACUGAUGCGAUGGUGCCGGCACAACACGAAGGAAAACCACGCUGAGAUUAUGGCAGCUGUGCGCCUGCCCCUGAUGAGCCUCACAGAGCUGUUGAAUGUUGUGCGUCCUUCCUCUCUGCUCUCGCCAGACUCCAUCCUGGAUGCCAUUAAAGUGCGCUCAGAGAGCCGAGACAUGGAUCUGAAUUACAGAGGAAUGCUAAUCCCUGAAGAGAACAUUGCUACUAUGAAAUACGGUGCACAAGUGGUUAAGGGCGAGUUAAAAUCAGCCCUGUUAGAUGGUGACACUCAAAAUUAUGACCUAGAUCACGGCUUUUCCCGGCACCCAAUUGAAGAUGAUUGCCGUUCUGGACUUCAAGUGAAGCUGGGCCAGCCCUCCAUAAUCAAUCACAUUCGCCUGCUUCUGUGGGACCGAGACAGUCGGUCCUAUUCGUACUACCUCGAGGUGUCAAUGGAUGAGCUGGACUGGAUUCGGGUUAUAGAUCACUCUCAGUACCUGUGUAGGUCCUGGCAGAAGGUUUACUUCCCAGCCCGAGUCUGCAGGUAUGUUCGCAUUGUGGGAACUCAUAACACUGUCAACAAAGUUUUCCAUCUUGUGGCCUUUGAGUGCAUGUUUACCAACAAAACCUUUACCCUGGAGAAAGGCUUAAUAGUUCCCACAGAGAAUGUUGCCACUAUCUCAGAAUGUGCCAGCGUAAUUGAAGGUGUGAGCAGAAGCCGAAAUGCCUUGCUGAAUGGGGACACCAGGAAUUAUGACUGGGAUUCAGGUUACACCUGCCACCAGCUUGGUAGUGGUGCAAUUGUGGUCCAGCUUGCCCAGCCCUAUAUGAUAGGGUCAAUCAGGUUAUUACUGUGGGAUUGUGAUGAUCGCAGCUAUAGCUAUUACAUAGAGGUUUCCACCAACCAGCAGAAAUGGACAAUGGUGGCAGAUCGAACAAAGGUUCCUUGCCGAUCUUGGCAGACUAUGUCCUUUGAGCGGCAGCCUACGUGUUUCAUUAGAAUCGUAGGGACCCACAAUACAGCUAAUGAGGUUUUCCAUUGUGUACAUUUUGAGUGUCCAGCUCAGUCUCUGACUCAAAAAGAAGAGGGUAAUGAUGAUCCAGUACCCAGUGAACAAAGUCAUACAGCACAGCAAGGAAUAUCUAUUGCCCUCCGAGCUUCAAACGCUGGUUCCCUUCAUUCAUUGACUGACCAGAACUCUCGGAACCAGAGUCAGCAACCGUAAACAUUUUCAUAUGAAGAAACAUUUUCUGUGAAUCAUGCCAUCCUUACUUCAUGUUUCUAUCACAACCAGCAUUAGCACUGGAAAGCAUUCCCAAGGACACUGCUGCCUUGUGUUCCUAUUUGUAGAAAUAAAAUCAAACUUCAGUGGAGAAAAUUGGUCUUCAAUCUUCAUCAAGAAAACCAUUAACACCCUACCUCUGUAGUCUAACAUCACCGCGUAAUUGCUC